ACUAAGCAACUUAUUCCCUCCCUGGUUAUCUCUCACCUUGACUCCAUUCUGUGUCAGCCCCCCUCUCUGCCAAUCCCUCCACUGGCCUCCAUUCAGUGUCCUCCACCCCUCUCUGCCAAUUCCUCCCUGACCUCCACUCAAUGUCCUCCACCCCUCUCUGCCAAUCCCUCCACUGGCCUCCACUCAGUGUCCUAUAUUCUCUCUCUGCCAAUCCCUCCACUGGCCUCCACUCAGUGUCCUCCAUCCCUCUCUGCCAAUCCCUCCACACUGGCCUCCACUCAGUGUCCUCCAUCCCUCUCUGCCAAUCCCUCCACUGGCUUC